GGGCUUCCUUCCAGGCUAGGUUUCAAGGAAAAACUGAGUGGUGUUUUGGAGGCAGACCUUAGCGGAGAAGAGAUGGUAGGACUUAGGGAACUCAGAGGAGCCUAGCGGAUAGUAGUAGUCAGAACAGCUUACCUGUUGAGCUCUUGCUGUGCCCUGCCUAAGGAAGCGCGCAGUGCGCAUUGCCCCAGUUUUGCGUAAUCCUCACCUCCACUCCAUGAGAGAGAGCCUCCAUUUGCUACUGCCCUCGCACCACGCCAUCAUGGAUGAUGCCCCGCUGCCAGUGCCCCCGGUCCCUGCCCCUGCCCCGGCCCCAGCACCUCCCGCUGCUGCUCCCCGGGUUCCAUUUCACUGCAGUGAAUGCGGCAAGAGCUUCCGCUACCGCUCGGACCUUCGGCGCCACUUCGCCCGGCACACUGCACUCAAACCCCACGCGUGUCCACGCUGUGGCAAGGGCUUCAAACACAGCUUCAACCUGGCCAACCACCUGCGUUCACACACCGGCGAGCGGCCCUACCGCUGCUCUGCCUGCCCUAAAGGGUUCCGAGACUCCACCGGCCUGCUGCACCACCAGGUCGUCCACACUGGUGAGAAGCCCUACUGCUGCCUGGUCUGUGAGCUCCGCUUCUCCUCGCGCUCCAGCCUGGGCCGCCACCUCAAGCGCCAGCACCGUGGGGUGCUCCCGUCCCCGCUGCAACCCGGCCCGGGCCUGCCGGCCCUGAGCGCACCCUGCUCCGUCUGCUGCAAUGUGGGGCCCUGCUCGGUGUGCGGGGGGGCGGGGGCCGGUGGCGGAGAGGGCCCAGAGGGGACCGGGGCAGGCCCAGGCAGCUGGGGGCUGGCAGAGGCGGCCGCCGCCGCCGCCGCCUCGCUGCCCCCGUUUGCGUGCGGAGCCUGCGCGCGGCGCUUUGACCACGGCCGCGAGCUGGCGGCCCACUGGGCGGCGCACACAGAUGUGAAGCCCUUCAAGUGCCCGCGCUGCGAGCGCGACUUCAACGCCCCCGCGCUGCUGGAGCGGCACAAGCUGACGCACGACCUGCAGGGCCCGGGCGCGCCCCCGGUGCAGGCCUGGGCCCCGGGGGCCAGCGCUGGGCCCGAGCCGGCCAGCGACGGCGGCGACGCUGCAGAGGUGGGCAACGCCCAAGCGGCCUGGGACGGCGGGCUGCUCCUGGGCCACGCUGGCGGCAGCGUGCCGGAGCUCGCGGGGCUGCUCCCCGAAGGCGGCGGGGAGGCCCCUGCCGCGGCGGCCGCGGCCGAGGCGUCAGAAGACACCCUGUACCAGUGCGACUGCGGGACCUUCUUCGCCUCCGCCGCGGCGCUGGCCAGCCACCUGGAGGCCCACUCGGGCCCCGCCACGUACGGCUGCGGCCACUGCGGGGCCCUGUACGCGGCGCUGGCGGCCCUGGAGGAGCACCGGCGGGCCAGCCACGGCGAGGGCGGCGGAGCGGAGACGGCCCCCGUGGCCCCGGAGGGGGAGCCCGCGUCCGGCGAGGCCGCGUCCGGCUCCGGCCGGGGCAAGAAGAUCUUCGGCUGCUCCGAGUGCGAGAAGCUGUUCCGCUCGCCGCGUGACCUGGAGCGCCACGUGCUGGUGCACACGGGCGAGAAGCCGUUCCCGUGCCUGGAGUGCGGCAAGUUCUUCCGCCACGAGUGCUACCUCAAGCGCCACCGGCUGCUGCACGGCACCGAGAGGCCCUUCCCCUGCCACAUCUGUGGCAAGGGCUUCAUCACGCUCAGCAACCUCUCGCGGCACCUGAAGCUGCACCGGGGCAUGGACUGACGCCGCCAGGCUGCGCCUGCGCCCCACCGCCCCUCCCCAGGGGCUGCACUCAGGGCCCGGGGCCAGAUCCCCGGGUCCUGCCGUCAGGGGACCCCGGCUGGAGAGAGCGGGCCACCAGACACCCACACAGGCCCCUGAGCUGGGGGCAGCAAAUAAAUGGAGGGACUCCUCAGCUCCGGGGUCCAGGAUCUACGAAGAGAUUCCUGAGCACCCCCAAAUCAACAAGCCUCCCCAAGCUGUGGGGACCUAGCAAUGAGAAAUGGGUCUCUGCAAGUACUUCUCAUCUUGAAGACCCUAGUAAUAAAAGAUGGGCGUCCUUCCCCCAAAGGAAGACCGCCCCUCUCCCCAAGAGCCAUCAUUCCCAACGACCUUGAUCUGGAGAAUGUGGGGGACCAUGUCCCCGAAUUUCCCUGGAUCCCCGCGAAUGCUACCCACCAGUCACUGGUGCCCCCCCGAAAAUGGAUAUAGCCGGAAUCUGCCUUCCCCCCCACCCCCACCCCAUUUCAUUCCUUAUGCUGAAAGAGGACCAGGGUAGAUGCCCUCUGCCCUCAACCCCCCUCCCCAAUUAGGUCUCCCUCCCCUACUGCAGAAUGGAUCCAUCUUCCCCAUCCCAAACACUAGAAUAGGCUGGUUUGAAAUCCCUCCUGCCCAGUAGAAUGAACUGAAUCAGAUGCACACCCCUGUCCACUGGAAUGGGCUGGUCCAGAUUGUGGCCUGUACCCACCCUCCUUAGGCGAAUACAGCAGACACUCCUCCCUUCCUCUAGAGUGUGGGCCAGUCCACAUCAUUCCCCAUCCUGUGAACUCAUCUGAGUGGGAGGUGGUGGACAUUGGGGUUUUCCUCCCACUCUGCUGUAGCACCUGUCUUUCCAUCUCUGUUGGUUUGUCUGUCUCUGUGUUCCUCUCAACCCCAAGGGGAAGGGGGUUUGGCUAGGGGCUUCCCCCCCUGUGAGCCUCGACCUUGCCCCUCAUCCCACUCCCUCAUGUCUCCGGGACCCCAAUAAACCUCGUCC